CAUGGACUGGUCUACUGUUAAGCAAGGAAGAUUUGCAUCCGGGGAUUGUUCUAAACAAGUUUACUUAUGGGAGCCCACCGAAGAUGGCUUGUGGUCCAUUUGCGAAACCCCCUUUGUUGGGCACGAGAGUUCCGUAGAAGAUUUACAGUGGAGCCCCUCUGAACCAAACGCGUUAGCCUCCUGUUCAAGCGAUAAAACUAUCAAGAUCUGGGAUGCCCGGCAGAAGUCUCGUUGUGCCAUUUCUGUGCGUGCUCACCAGUGCGACGUUAAUGUUAUUUCUUGGAAUAAGCUCGUGAGUUACCUACUUGUGUCUGGAGGCGACGAUGGGGAAUUCAAGGUGUGGGACUUGCGCACAUUCGGCGCCAAAGCGCUCCCAAUUGCGACAUUUAAGUGGCAUACAGACGCAAUUACUUCAGUGGAAUGGCACCCGUGUGAUGAAUCCGUUCUUGCCGUCUCUGGAGCGGACGACCAGAUCAGCUUAUGGGAUUUGUCAUUGGAGGAAGACUAUGAGGUUUCUUCACCGGAAGAGCAGAGUAAAAUUCCUGCGCAGCUAUUGUUUGUGCAUCAAGGCCAGAACCAUAUAAAAGAAGCGCACUGGCAUCCACAGGUGCCUGGCUUGCUCGCCUCCACUGCAGCUUCGGGGAUCAACGUUUUCAAGACGAUUAAUAUUUAAAAUAAUUAGCUUAUUGGUGGAUAUUUAUUAAAGCACUUUUUUUAUUGGCUACAAGU